GCUGUAGUGAAAAAAGCAACAGCUCCAUCCGGUGCAAAGAAGGAAGUGGCCAACCAGAAUAGCCCUGAGAAAAAUGAGAAGAAAAAAGAGAGUGGCGAAGAAGCAAAGAAUGCGACCAAAAAUGAUAGCGUCGAAAAAGUGGCUCUGAAAAAGCAAGAAAGCGAUUCCUCUACUAAGUUAAACAAGAAGACUGGCGGCCAAAUAGUAAAACAGGGGAGCGAUGAAUCCGCCAAAGUAAAGAAAAACAGCACAGAAAAAGCUGAAUUGGUAAAAGUUAGUGACGAAAAGCUGGUGCAAAAAAAGGAGAGUGACGAAUCUGCAAAGGUUAGAAAGCGACGAGAUGAAGAUGAGGCAGCAAAGCUCAACAAAUUGAAAGAACUGGUUAAUAAGAAGAAAGAAAUGCAAGCGAGAAAGGAAGAUGGCGGGUCACCUGCUCCUGCAAAGACUCCGAAAGAAAGACAGUCACUUAUGUUGCCGCCGAAAGUUGCUAGACCAGGAUUCAAUUUAAGAAAGAAAAGGUCAAAGGAAGGUUUACGAAAUGAUAGGACGAUGGAGGAACGCCAGAGAAAACCAAGGGUUCGCCCAUCAGAGCAAAGCUCUAGGAGGGAGAAACGUCAAGCACAAAGGAAGCCAGACCAGAUCUCCAGCAGGGAGAAACGAGCACAAAAGAAGCUAAGUGGACCUUUCUAUGAUGAUAUGAAAACGGGCAUUGCCCUGGGCACAGGAGAGGAUACAGAAUCCAAACGGGGGCGGAGAAAGAGCUUUUUCAGAGAAAAAUUCUCUCGGGAAAAGCUAGCAGAUCGAUCUAAGAAGGUCAAGAAAAAGGCAGCAGCCACAUUGGCUACUCAAGCUGAGGAAACACAAGAGGAGUUCUCUAGGAGGUCGAUACGAGCAAGGAGAGCAUCUAGCAACUCAAGGCGAGAAAGACUGAAGAGGCAACUUUGGAGCAGAGAAGUAAUGAAAAAGGGAGAAAGUCGAGAGCUCCCGAAAGUGGAGAUUCCCGAAAUGUACAGAAAAAAGCCCCAGAAAAAACCUCAAGAGCCUGUCCCAUCGAAAGAGGGAGAAGGAUCUUCGGACUCAGCUAUUGAUUACUGGAUUUACCCGGACGGAAAACCGAAAAAACGUUUCGAAAUUUCCGAAAUUCCGUCAGAAGGAGAGGAAAAUUACGGCGAUGGAAAACUACCGCCUGGUUUAGCACAGCCACCACCAAAAAUGCCUUCUACGAUGGCUAAUCUUAAUCAGAAACCUCAGAUGGGAUCCAAUAAUGGGUCUAAUUUGCCGAAAAAGCCAGGUUACACCCCAGAGGUUUAUGGAGUUGCUGAUCGUCCUCAACAACAACGUCCUCCCACGCAGAUGAGGACUCUUUCUCAAGAAAAGCUGCUUUCAAAACAAGCCAUGCUCGAAAUUAUGACAUACAUCCUCACGAUCAGCAUGUGGGCAAUGGGACUCAAACUUGUAUGA